CAGUACUCUGACCGGAGAUACACCAGUACGCAUGCCCCCCUCCAGCGGCUGUGCUGCUUCCAACAACAACCAGGAUUCAGCAACAUGGCCGAUCUAGGGAAGAAGUACUGUGUGAACUGUCUUGCAGAUGUUACAAAUCUGCGGCUUCGAUGCAAUGACUGUCCGGACAUCGAAUUAUGUCCGGAGUGCUUCUCAGCGGGUGCAGAAAUUGGUAAUCAUCGGCGAUGGCACAGUUAUCAGCAUGUCGACGGCGGGCGCUUUCCCCUUUGGGGUCCCGAAGCGGAGGGAGGAUGGACUAGCAGGGAAGAGCAGUCGCUACUCGAUGCGAUCGAGCAAUAUGGAUUUGGAAACUGGGAGGAUAUGGCGACCAACGUGGUGGCGUCCCGGACACCCCAGGAAGUAAUGGACCACUAUGUCAACAUGUACAUCCACGGUAACCUGGGCAAAGCCUGCAUCCCAGACAGCAUCCCCAACCGGGUGACGGACCACACCUGCCCCAGCGGUGGGCCCCUGUCUCCCAGCCUCACCACCCCGCUGCCCCCCCUGGACGUCACUCUGGCCGAGCAGCAGCAGCUGGGCUACAUGCCCCUCCGUGACGACUACGAGAUCGAGUACGACCAGGAGGCUGAGAAGCUGAUCAGUGGGCUGUCGGUGAAUUACGACGACGAAGACGUCGAGAUCGAGAUGAAGCGUGCCCACGUCGACAUGUACGUCCGCAAGCUCCGGGAGAGACAGCGCCGCAAGAACAUCGCUCGGGACUACAACCUUGUGCCCGUCUUCCUGGGCCGCGACAAGAAGGAGAAGGAGAAGGACAAGCCGGGGAUUACGGGGGUUGUAGGCGGCGGAGGAGUGGCCGCGGGAGCCGUGGGGACUGUGGGUGGCACGGCGGCCUCCACGGUCCCCGUGGUAACGGCAGGGUCAGGGGCGGUGCCGAACACGCCCAAGCGCAAGAUCACCAAGGAGGAGAAGGAGCAGCGCGUACGCCUGCGGGCACUGUGCCAGUUCAUGGCCCAGCGAGAGUUUGAAGACUUCUUCGACAACAUGCACAAGGAGCGUGUGCUGCGGGCGAAGGUCCGCGAGCUGCAGCGCUACCGCCGCAACGGCAUCACGCGCCUGGAGGAGUCCACAGAAUACGAAGCUUCGCGCCACAAACGGGAGAAGCGCAAGGAGAACAAGAGCGUGACCACUUCCAAGCGAGGCGGGGGGGCCAGCGGGGGGCUCGGCGCUGGGGCCGGGCUGGGAGGGGGGCUGGGGGCCCUCGGAGGAGGAGGUGGCGGGGCAGGAGGCGUGGGCGGCAGCAUUAAGGAGGAAGGCAAAGAUGGCGAGUUUGCGGCCAUUGAGAAUCUUCCGGGCUUCGAGCUGCUGUCAGACCGGGAGAAGGUACUGUGUAACUCGCUCAACCUCAGCCCCACGCGCUACCUGACCGUCAAGACUAUCAUCAUCAAAGACCACCUCCAGAAACGCCAGGGCAUCCCCUCUAAGAGCAGGCUGCCCAGCUACCUCGACAAGGUCCUCAAGAAACGCAUCCUCAGCUUCCUCACAGAGAGUGGCUGGAUAUCUCGGGAUACAUCAUAAUAAUCCACUGACAUUAACUCUUGUUCUGUGAUUGGUUACCGUGUGGCGUUUCUUUCCAGGCGGACCAAACUACCCGAUUCUAUUGCCUUUUAAUCUAAUCUUGUCCAACGUCCUUCACAGAACGUUUUUGUGCAUAUGUAUAUUUAAAAGAAAAUAGUGAUUUCCCCUGACUAAAGUUUUUUGAAUACCCUUUACAAGAGUGACGGAACAAAUGUAGGCUCUAUUUUUGCAUUUGAAUCGUAAGAGUCCAUAGUAUAGUUAUAUUUGUAUGGCCAAGGUUGGCAGUACAGUGUUUCAGCUUAACAGAAGAGACACUCGACAAACAAAAAUGACACUGUGUUUUAAUGCAUACAAGGUCUACUUACAGGUUGAGAAAAGCUUUCUGAAAGCUGUCUUUUGAGUAGAUUCUAAACAGCAAUACAAUCACUGUUCCUGAAGGAGAGGGCAUAGUAGCUUUUUUCAAGAAGAAAGGAAGACUAAGCUCACAGAUCAGUAUUUGGCAGCUAUCAGCCCACCACUUAUUUGUCCAGUUCAGUCCCCGUACCUGUACAGUACAUACAGCUGGAAAUAUGGCAAGGACUAGUUUAACUGCCAUUUCCAUGACACAUAGGAUGUAACCAAACUACCUUUGAGUCUCCCAUUCACUUCUCAUUUGCUCAACUUGAUUAUGUUCUCCAUCAUUAACCUUUCCCUGUAGAAAGCAAAAGAGAUGCUCUCUCGUUUACAUGGGGAUGAACCCUAGAUGCAAAUCUGAAAUGUUUCCUCCUUGCCAAACAAGCAUGUCUUUUUUACUGUUUUCUAACUCCUAUUAGAGGUUACAGUACAUUUACCUGCCUUUUGGUUUCAGUGUUAUUUGAAAACAGCAUUGGUCUGCUUGAACAAAUGUUAGUUGAUGGAAGGAAUGUGCUGGGAAUGACUGUUCUGUUAUUGCCUGCUGCUUCCUGUUUGGUUUAGUUUGCUUGUCGUAUGAGUGGUGUUUUUGUUAGCUAUUUGAAUUGUCAACAACUUACUAUCUUUCUGUCAAGUUUUAAAAAUAGUUUUUUUUGUUGCAUGUUCAUUAACACAGUAUCAGUUACUUGGCUGUAUUAUAUGGCAUUUCAAUGAGAAAUUGGAAGUGUUUCUUGGAAGAAAGGGUAGACUGACAGUGUAGAGGGGUUCAGCAGAAAUGUCAUCAUACUAAUGGAAAACCAUAGGUAUAGUCAGGUUCUCCUGAUAACCUUUGUGUCCUCGAUGUACAGACAACACCUAUAAACAUAUGUUUGAAAACUAGGAUGUGUAUGUGGGUUGGUUGAAUGGAAACAAUUUUAGGUGUGGUGACCUUGAUCUUGUGCUGAUAGUGAACACAAAAGACCUCAAAAGCAGGUAAAAAUAUUGGACAACCAAAUGUUUAAAUUCUUUUGGAACAUAAAAAAUAAGAAUGCUACCUCUAAUUCAACUCCUGUCCAAAACUGCCUUAUUUACAGUCGAGCAUAGAUCUCCUUAUUUAUUUUACAAGCAGAACAAGUCUUGUUGCUGUGCAGACCAUAGUGGCAGCUCUUCUAAUUCCUUCUCACUUUCCUCCACUGAGGGCUCUCUGUGACUGGAUCAGUGAGGAGCUCCGUUUAAAUGUAAAUUUAAGUUCUUGAAUGGGCGUCUGUUGACAGGGAGGAGCGAGGGCACGGAACUGGGACAUGGGCCAAGAAAGAGAGGAUGGAAGUAACUGUGUUCUUAGGCCUUCACUUUAUUAAUGGCUGCAGUCUUUACAAGUUAUGCGUCUUCACAAUUAAGAGGGUUUUGUUUCCAAUUAAGGGUCAUGUCCUAACAGUCCCAUUCCUUCAUGUUAUAGAGGAGACCUUGGUAAAAUAAUUUGUCUCUUGUUAGUUGGUUCUUCAGAAAACACAUUGGUCCAGUGGUUUAUCUUUCUCAAACUGACAGCCCCAGAGUUUUGAGAAAGAGGUAAAAUAUAAAACGAAUGUUUUGAAGGCUGACAAGAUUUGUCCCUCUGGGAAAUACUCCAUGGUGAAGGGGUCAAUGGUAUGGUCAGUGUGGCCUAGAUUAUGUUAGAGCAGCCCAGUAAGUUGACUGCCAGCUCCUAUUACAUCUGUUUGUGUUCUUCUGUCUACAAUAACUAGACUGAUUCGGAAAUAAACAAUGAUCUUCUCUCCUUUUGAUUAUUUCAUCCAAAGUCUAUCAUUUCUCAUACAUACUUUUUCUAAAGAAUGGCUUGCAUGCUUGUGUUGUACUAUUCAGGGUAUUCCAUCUUGUGCCAAACUACUUCACCACCUGCAUGGCACAGACCUGAUGACUAAAGAGUUAGAGUUCUACGCUCUCAAAGUUAAGCUUUUGCUUUCCAUUAAUAGUUACUUCUACAUAGCGCAUUCUUGACUUUUUAAUGCAGAAGUGAUCUCUAGUUUGCGGUUUGCUUGUCUGUGUUAUUCAUUUCUGUUCACUUCAGAUAUCCAGCUAUAUUUUCAGGUUAUUUGUCAUAAUUUUCUUUAGUUCUAAACUGUCAACAUACUGGAAUGUGUGUUUGUGUUUUUGUUUGCAUGUGUUUUCCAAGUGUUUUGAAAAUGGCUUGCAAAUGGUGUGUAACUGACAAAAUAUCUAAAUUGACUGUUUUUAGACUUUACUUUUACAUGGGGGAAGGGGAAUUUCUAUAUUUUAUUUCAGUGGGAAAUAUUGCUUAAAAUAUUUUACCAAAUGUAAAUACUUUUUGUAAGAUAAAUCAAAAGGAACAUAUAAAAACUGACCUGUGAAAUGUACAGUAUUUUAUUUCAAGAACAUUUUUUUUUUUUUACUUUUGUAAUAAAAACAUUGAAAGACUAGCAAAAAGCAUUCUAAAAGCCUUAGGUGUUCUCUCAAAAGCAGCAUGUUGUUAAGCUGUUCAUGUAUAUCAGUCGUAUGCUUAGGAAUCAAACCAUGUUAAGAAGUGGGUAGUCAAAACUGUUAAAAGGCUUAUUGUUUUCCCAUUUUGUAGUUGCACAAGACAUGGAGUGUGAAUUAAUGUUCUGUAAUAAAGUGCUAUACUUUUUAA